AUGGACUGCAAGCACCUGUCCGAGAUCGAGGUGAAGCAACUCUGUGAGAUGGCUCGGGACAUCCUGGCAGAGGAGAGCAAUGUGCAGCCGGUUAGAUGCCCUGUGACGAUUUCAGGUGAUAUCCACGGCCAGUUCCAUGAUCUCAUGGAGCUCUUCCGCAUAGGAGGCCUCCUUCCAGACACAAACUACCUCUUCCUCGGCGACUACGUCGACCGGGGCUACUUCUCGGUAGAGUGCGUCUCCCUGCUGCUGGCCUACAAGGUCCGGUACCGGGAGAGGAUAACCAUCCUUAGGGGGAACCAUGAGAGUCGCCAGAUCACGCAGAUCUACGGCUUCUUCGACGAGUGCUCCCGGAAGUACGGCAGCCAAAGUGUGUGGAAGAUGUUCACAGAUCUUUUUGACUACUUGCCCCUGACCGCGCUGGUCGAGAACCGGAUCUUCUCUCAGCAUGGAGGCCUUUCGCCGAGCAUCGAGAAGUUAGACGAUGUCCGGAAGCUCGACCGAAUACAGGAGGUGCCACAUGAGGGCGCCAUGUGCGAUCUCCUGUGGAGUGACCCAGACGACCGGUUAGGCUGGGGUGUGAGUCCUCGAGGUGCUGGGUACACCUUCGGGCAGGAUGUGUCUGAGAAGUUUAACCAGGCGAACGGCUUGAACCUCAUCGCGAGGGCACACCAGCUGGUCAUGGAAGGGUACAACUGGACCCAUGAGCAGCAAGUUGUGACCAUAUUCUCAGCGCCAAACUACUGCUACCGUUCCGGCAAUCAAGCCGCCAUCAUGGAGAUUGACGAGAAGCUAGGGUCUCACUUCGUGCAGUUCGACCCUGCACCUCGCAGGGGUGAAGCGGCCAUAGGCAGACCGCCAGUGGAGUACUUCCUGUGA